UGUCACGGCCCCUCUGGCCCGCGGGUCUUGUCGCCUUGCGUCUAGGGGGUGGUGGCCGGUCUUGGAGGAGGUGGCAGCCGGGUCCGGUGCAGCCUAGGCUUCCAUUACGAGGCUAAAUUGCAAAAUUACCAGAGGUGGAAGGGGUCUCGGAGACUUUCUAGACGAAACUUCUCUUCAUAGAAAAGGCUAAACAGAGGCCAGGAGCUGUGGGACAGGGACUGAGGCUCCUCGGCCGAGAGCCGCUGCCAAGACCUGAUUAAAAAGGACGCAGAGAGCGAUCCACCUGACCAGAGAGCCGCCGCCGCCGCCGCCGCCCCCGGAGACGAAGCUUUGCCCCAAAGGCUAUUGAUCUGAGUCUCACCUACUUUCUGCAUGUUGCUAUCUUGUGUACGCUUGGUUUCCCAGAAGUUCCAAGCUCCCCAGUCAUUGAUCAGCAGAAAGUUCCAGGCUCUGCAAUUCUUGGUCAGCAGUCCUUCACGUCCUUUCAUGGAUCUGAAAACUCUUGUUUCAUCAUUGAAUGACUUUGCCUCACUCUCAUUAGCUGAAAACUGGGACAAUGUUGGAUUAUUGGUAGAGCCAAGCCCACCCCAUACUGUGAAGACACUUUUGCUAACAAAUGACCUAACCGAGGAAGUGAUGCAGGAGGCGCUCCAAAUGAAAACAGAUCUCAUUCUCUCCUAUCAUCCGCCUAUUUUCCGACCACUCAAGCAUGUAACUUGGAAAACGUGGAAGGAGCGUCUGGUGAUCCAGGCUUUAGAGAACAGAGUUGGUAUCUACUCUCCACAUACUGCCUAUGAUGCUUCACCCCAAGGAGUCAACAACUGGUUAGCAAAAGGGCUGGGAGGUUGUACCUCUCUUCCAAUACAUCCAUCAAAAGCUCCCAGCUUCCCAACAAUAGGAACCCAUCGAGUGGAGUUUAAUAUAAAUGACACCCCAAGCAUGGACAAAUUCAUGUCUGCAGUGAAAGAGAUACCAGAUGUUUCAAUAACUACCUUCUCUGCUAGGAAUGAUGGAGAAGAACAAAUACGAGUCAGUUUGAACUGUACCCAGAAAGCAUUGCUACGAGUGGUGGCUUUUCUCUCUGAAAAUAGUCAUCUUUAUCAGAAGACUGAGAUCCUGUCACUGGAGAAACCCCUGCUUCUGAAUACUGGGAUGGGAAGAUUAUGCACACUGGCUGAAUCUGUCUCCUUGGCAACCGUAAUCGAACGAAUCAAAGGUCACCUAAAACUACCCCAUGUCCGCCUAGCUCUUGGAAUAGGGAAGACUUUAGAAUCGCAAGUCAAAGUAGUAGCUUUGUGUGCUGGUUCUGGGAGCAGUGUCCUUCAGGGUGUGGAAGCAGAUCUUUACCUUACAGGUGAGAUGUCACACCAUGAUGUCCUUGAUGCUGCUGCCCAAGGGAUAAAUGUCAUUCUUUGUGAACAUAGCAACACCGAACGAGGCUUCCUGUCAGAACUUAAAGACACACUGGCAGCCCACCUAGAGAAUAAGGUCAACAUUAUCUUGUCAGAGAAAGACAGAGACCCUCUUCAGGUGGUAUGAAAUAGCCCAGGACCAUGUGGGGUACUGACUCUGUAAAUCCAUUGAAUCCUAAAGAGGUUGCACUGAGGAACAAAAAGUGGUCUACCCUAUAAAGGUUCCUUUUGGGAUGGUCUGAUGAACUGGCUAAAUGAAGACUAAUGUAACUGCUUUAUUAAAACAAAGGAUGUUUGCCACAAACCCUAAUAAAGAAUGUGGAAAUUA